GGAGCCAGUGAUAACAGAAAGCAUCGGAGUUACACUAAAGCUAUCAGCACAGGCUUGAUUGGAGAGAGACCUUUUAUUUAUAAAUUUAGUUGGGAUUGUUGUUUUUCUUCUUUUCCCUUUCUCUCAACAGUAUAGUUUUUCUUAUUUUAACAAUCAAAAAUGGGUAUUAGCUUUUCUUCAAUAUUCUCUGAACUCUUCGGUAAGAGAGAAAUGCGUAUUCUUAUGGUCGGUCUUGACGCCGCUGGUAAGACUACCAUUUUAUAUAAGCUCAAGUUAGGUGAAAUCGUCACAACCAUUCCCACCAUCGGCUUUAAUGUCGAAACUGUCGAAUAUAAAAAUAUCUCUUUCACUGUUUGGGAUGUAGGAGGACAAGAUAAAAUCCGUCCUCUUUGGAGACAUUACUUCCAAAAUACCCAGGGCAUUAUUUUCGUUGUUGACUCUAAUGAUCGUGAUCGUAUUUCUGAGGCUCGUGAUGAACUUCAACGUAUGUUGAACGAGGAUGAGCUUCGUGACGCUCUCUUGCUUGUUUUUGCCAACAAGCAAGAUCUUCCUAAUGCUAUGAACGCUGCUGAAAUCACUGAUAAACUCGGUCUUCAUUCCUUGAGAAACAGACACUGGUACAUUCAAACUGCAUGUGCUACGAGUGGUGAUGGUCUUUACGAAGGUUUAGAAUGGUUAUCAUCCAACUUAAAAAGACGCUCUUAAAUAACUAAGCUAAUAACAAUGGUCAAUUUUGUUUGAGACCUGGAGAAUUCUGUCAAUUAUAUACAUAUAUAUACACACUUUAUUACACACACAUUUUAUUAUCUUCUAAAAGUCAUACUUGUUACAUUAGCUAAAAUGAUAAAGCAAGGACUGGCCAUUCAUCCUUCUUACAAUCGAACAAGCUUAUAAAACCAACAUGUCCUCUCGUUUCCGCCUGUUUAAUAUCUUACUAUCAAUUACUAUCCACACAUAUUAUAUUUACAAAAUAAAGGAUGCUUACAACAGAGGGAAAAAGUAGAACUUCUUGAUUUGUGACAUUACACG